UCCAUAAAAUAAAUAAUUAAAACUUUAAAAUAAUGAAUAAAUAAUAAUAGAUCAAUAAAUAAAAAGUAAUAUCUAACAUGUAAUCACUCCUUCAAAUAGAAUCAUAGAAAACUCGAUUCAGUGUUUUUUUUCUCGUUAGUAACAUCAAUUGAUCAUUGACAUCAACUCGUUAUUGAAGCUUGCGACACGAAGAUAAGCUUAGUGCGAAGAAGAAAAAGAAAGAGAAAAAAAAAAAAGAAAAGAGAUUUAAAAAGAGGUGCAGAUUGAAAAAUGGUUGUUAAAAUAGAAAUAGAAGAAAACAUUGACAAACUGACCAGUUAAGUUGCGAUAUAAUCGAAUUGUUGGUAUGCCAGCAGAGCAAAUGUGGGAGCCACAUUAUACCUUGUACAAUAACAUUCAACAGGCCUCAAACAGAAAAGAAGCAAAUGGAUUAAAAACCCGAGAAGAGCUGCAAAAAAAAUCGGAUGAUAUAAAAAAUGAAAACCCUCCAAAAGCUGACAAAGCAGAAAACGCCUCGAACAAGCAUGAGACUAAAAAACACAAAAAACCAAAAUCACCGAAACGUAACAAUAAAAUUUUACCUUCAACAGACAAAAAAGAAAAGUCAAAACAAGAAUCUAACGUGUCCGAAAAAAAAUAUAAAAAUACUCCGGCUGCUGUUAUGCCCGUUCAAAAUAAGGCGGAUGAAGUUAAACCAACGACUGAGAUAACUGACAAAAGGGCGGAACCACUUGCAGGUAAGCCUGAUGAGUCUGUAAAGAACAAUGAGACGAAAACAAACGCAGGAGAUAAAGUGAAAGCGACAGAGGAAAAGAAAGAGGGAAAGAAAACAGGCAAGGAUGAAAAUGAUAGCUCUGAAAAGAAAGCGAGCGUGCCAACCAGUGCGAAAAAAGAACCAAAAGAGAGUAAGCCGAAUGUUUCGAACUCUGGGAAUGUUAAAAGUAAUGACGCAAGAAACAUAAAAGAUCCCGAUAUAAAAAAUAAUGAAAAACUAACGGAACCGAAGAAAGAAAAAACGUCACCAGCUAAGACAAGUAAAAAUAAAGCUGACACAAAAAGCGAAAAGGCUAGCGAUACAAACCAUCAGAAAAAAAUUACGGAACCGGAAAAAGAAAAGUCGUCACCAAAUAAGAAUAAUAAAACUGAAACUAACAUAAAAAGUGGGAAGGCCAGCGAUGUAGAGAAUCAGAAAAAACUAACGGAACCGAAGGAAGAAAAAUCGGCAUCAGAUAAGAUAAUUAAAGCGUACACAAAAAGUGAAAAAGCAGACGAUUCGAAAAAAAGUACGGAACCGAAAGAAGAAAAAACAUCACUAGAUAAAACUGAAAUUAACAAAACAAAUCAAAAAGCCACUAAUGUGGACAAUCAGAAAAAAACAACGGAACAGAAAGUGUCAAAAUCGUCAACAUUCGUCGAUGAAACGAAUAAAACCAACGCCUCUAAUAAGCAUCUAACAGUGUCAACUCAAGGUAAGGAAACUAACACGCCUGGAAAAAUCGAUCAAAAGAAAGAUAAAGUAAUUAAAGAAAAGAAUUACACACAGACAACGAUCGGAAGUACUGAAAAAUGCAAAACAUCUCCUAGAAUGCAUUCAGCUAGAGUAAUAACCGUAAAAGAAGCAGAACCUUCAGAAAAAGUUGAAGCAAGUAAUAAUCUUCACUCUUCUUUAACUUGGGAAUCAUCGUAUACCCCUCCAACAAGAAAGGUGAGCUCCGCUCCUGUGAGAAUCACCUCAACAAACGCGCGAGGCGAAAAGCCGCUUUCGCCAACAAACACUGGACAAGGUGCAAAUGUGAUUUUAGUUAAACCAGCUCCCAAACCAAAACAAGUUUGGCUACAAGCAAACCAUAUUGUACCUCCUACUCCAGAGGGACCAAAAUUUCAACAGAAUGGCUCCAGUUUGACGUACACUCAUCCUGGUGUCCAAGAUGACAUGCUACAAAAACUGAACGCUCUUAGAACGACUGGUGAGCUCUGUGACGUUGUGAUUAAGGUUCAGGGUAUAGAAUUUAGAGCACAUAAAAUCGUUCUAUCGUCUUCUUGCGCAUAUUUUGCGGAACUGUUUAAAAACAUAAAAACCGUUCGCAUUGAUCGAUUAAUAUUAGAAGGUUUGACCGCGCAUUCUGUGGCAGCAAUGCUUGGUUAUUUUUACCUGGCUAAACUUAUAAUAGAUGCGGAAGAUAUUGAGGAGCUAAUAGAUGCUGCUUAUUACUUUAAGUCUUCAGAAGUUAUCCAACUAUGUACGGACUACCUUCAGUUAAAUUUGAACAUACAUAACUGUUAUAACUACUACAAAGUAUCAGCCAAACAUGAUAUCAAAGGUUUGCGCGCGAAGACGUUUCGUUUUCUUUGUUGGAACUUCAACUCGAUCGUAAAAGAACGACCCUUCUUAGAGAUCGAUGUGGAACACUUGAUCCAAGUGAUUUCCAGUUCGUCAGUAAAAGUGAAAAGUGAGGAAGAGGUUUACUCAGCUGUGUGGGAGUGGUAUCGUUAUAAUAUUGAGGACAGAAAAUUUCAUGUUCCCAAAGUAUGCAUUCACCUGCAUUUUGAAAUUAUGAGCCUCGAGUUUCUCGAAGAACGUGUUAAGAAAGAAAUGUACGUAGCAAGCGAGUUGUGCCGGAAAAAAGUGGAUGACGCAAUCAAUAUGAUAAAAAACAAAGUAGACAUUGAAAAUCUUAGUGCAUACAGACAGGCCUCCGACAAUGUAUAUAUAUUCGACGGCACAUCUGCGAAUUGCAAAAUAUUGGACUUGAAAACAUCUACGACGGAGGAUGCGCCUGAAUUCCUUUUACCGGCUUUAAUAAACAACGAAUAUCACGUGACUAUAAAGGCUGGUAAAAACCUCUACACUUUAUCCAAACAGUCAGUGUUAUUGUUUGAUAGUAGCAGGUUGCAAUGGGAUCAAGUAUGUGAAGGUAUUUCAAUUGAAGAUUCUGCAGUUUGUAGCUCAAAGAAAUCAAUUUUUGUCGUCGGUGGAAAAACAAAUGGAAAACAACUUUGGGAACUGGAUACCAAUACCCUAAAAUGGAAUCGAUUGCCCGACAUGAAACAUGAUCGGAAAUCUCCCGCUGCAGCAGUUAUGGGAAACACGAAGCCAAGAAUCUUCGUAGCAGGUGGUUACUCAGUCACCAAAACAACUGUGUUAAACACAAUGGAAUGUUACCAUGUUACUGAUAAACAAUGGAAACCAAUCAAGAACACAAUGUGCAUGCCUCGUUUUCAGGCCUCAAUGAUAGUGAAAAAUGAUAAAGUAUAUGUUGUAGGGGGGAAAAACAUGGAGAAGAGUUGGGAUUCUGCAGAAUGCUAUGACAGAGCAACAGAAAAGUGGAAGUUAUGUGAUGGCGAGCUAACAGAACGAAAAUUAAGAAGCCCUUUAAUAAAUUUCGAAGGAAAGAUAUACUCCAUAGGCGGUCAAGAAUGUACCUCGAUUGAGGUUCUGGAGGACGCUGGUAAAUCAAGCAAAUGGAAGUACAUUGGUUCGCUCGAUGAUUCAAACAAAGAGAUGCAAUGUGUGGCGUACCAACCGAUAUGACAAGUCUGUUAUUCAUAUCAAUUUGAACUUGACCGCUCAAAUUAAAAAGAUCGACGCCUUUUUUGUUUUUAGAACUCAAGAGAAAAAACACCGUAGGUUUGACCUUGUAUUUAUGUUCCUCUGAAAAAGGAAGUUAAUAAAGAGAAUAUAUUUAUAUAUUAAAAAACA